AUGCUGCACUGCAGCAGGGAAGAGGUGGGCGAACUUCUAAUCGAUUCUUGCAAACGCAGCGUGGGCACAAGCGUCGAGCUCGACACGCUCCUGUCGAACAAAAACACAUCAAAGGUGGCGCCAGAUGCUACGGCUGCCACGAUCAUGCAGGUGAGGAUGAUGUACGGCAAGGACGAUAGCGGCGAUUUGAGCUACGCCGAGAUGACGCGUCUGGUCGAGGGGCUCAGCUCUUCGAAGGACUUGACAGAACGAAUCUUGAAGCCCUUCGAGGACGACAAUCGCCACACCAUCGCCUUUUCCGAGUUUGCGAAGGUGUACUCGAACGCCGUGAGUUUCAAGGAGCUCGGCUACGUCUUCCAGGAUUUGGCAGGUGGUCAGCAGACCAUCUCUCGAGACACCUUCGCCAGCUUUGUCUGCGACAUCCAAGAUGAGGACUGGGAUGCCGAGACUCUCAACGAGAAGCUCGCUCUUAUGGGCUGCGUCGGCAUCGACGGCAUCACCGAGAACAACUUCGUCGGGUACAUUAUGAGUCCCUACUUCGACUUCGCGAUGGAGAAGAAGCUGACGGGCGUCUACCAGGACAUGGACCAGAUCAUGUGCUGCUACUUCAUCAGCUCCUCACACAACACGUACCUCACCGGGGACCAGCUCACGAGCAAAUCCUCCGCCCAGAUGUACAAAAAAGGUGCUUCUCGACGGGUGCCGGUGCGCGAAGCUAUUUGCCGGAACGGCCCUCACGGCGAGCCGAUUGUGUGCCACGGCUACACCCGCACUUCCUGUAUAGCCUUCGAAGAGUGCGUUAAGAUGAUUCGUCAGUACGCCUUCACCGCUUCCGCAUACCUCGUGAUACUCUCGCUGGGGGUUCACACUUCGGUGGAGCAGCAGGAUAAGAUGGCGGAGAUUCUAGAAGAAGGGCUGGGCUCGCUGCUCUUCUGGCCUCCGUGGGGCUCCAACGAGAAGCCCACCAUGGCCUUUUCGCCCAACAACUUGAAGAACAAAAUCCUCGUGAAAGCCAAGCGCGGCGACUUCCCAGCCCGCGAGCCUCGCGUCGACAAAGACGACGAUGCAACCGAGACGGACUCGAUGGCCAGCACAAACAACGCCGACUACCUGAAAAUGAAGGAGGCUCGCAGGAAGGCCGGGAAGGACGAGGUCCGGGUGUCAGCGAAGCUGUCUGCCAUCGUCUCCAUCGAGUCCAGCAAGUACCAGGGCGUCAAGGACUUAUCAUACCUGAAGGACAAGCAGCCGCACCACUGCUCUUCGUACUCAGAGAGGAAGGGGAAGGCCAUCGUCCGCGAGGCCCACAACGCGCUGGUGUGCAUCAACGACACGUGCCUUAGCCGCGUCUUCCCUGCUGGCUCGCGCAUCGACAGCAGCAACUACAGGCCGCUGCUUUACUGGGUGUCUGGAUGCCAGAUGGUGGCCAUCAAUUGGCAGUCCAGCGAUACCUUCGGCUGGCGCCUCAACGGCUGCAUUUUCCUCGACAGCGGCUGCUGCGGGUACCUCCUGAAGCCAGACUAUCUGCGGCCCGUGACCUGCCCCGAUGUGGCUGUCCCGGAGUACUUGCGGUCGCUGACAGUGGAAGUGAUUUGGGGCUUCGCGCUGCCGAGCGCGAAGCAAGCCAGAGGUUGCCGACCCGUUUGUGACAGUUUUCCUCGAGGGCCCUGA